GCCCCGCCCCUUGUCAGUCUAGCCUUGAGAUGUGUGGCGCGAUGGACUGCUGCGUCUGACACCCAAAGAUUCAGUCGAAUGGACUUAUUUUCAGCCCAUUUACGCACCGAACUCGUUAUUUUACUCGUUGAAAAUGCCUUUCCCACCGAUAAACCUUCACUCACGGAUAUCCUCGCCAAGAAAGGAGCUAUUCAGGAAAAAGAAGAGCAGAGAUAACGUCGCGCCGCCUCAGAGGACGGGAGACGACAGGGAGUCGGAACAGAAUAAGCUGGAAUCACCGUGGCCAUCGGCACAUUUAAAACCGCACGGGCGAAAUAAGUCGACCCGAAUCCCUCCCGAUCCCGAGACGGACAGCAAACAUACGUGGUUGAGCGUUCCCAAACCCUUGGCUACCUCAUGCGAAAGCGUCCCGCGAUCCAGUUCUGGUGAAUCAAGCCAUAAAUAUUCCUCCAGGACGUCUCUAGCGAAAGAAGAAGGCGAGCAAGAGAUCCACUUCUCCCUCAGCCUGACGCCCGAAGCCAUCCUGGUCAUCCAGAAGCGCAACCUGGAGAAGCAGAUGAUGGCCAAGCAACAGAAGUGCUGCGCGUCCGCGGACCUGAGACACCGCCGGGUUUUUCCGUCCAGACGGGCUCAGAGCAGCUCCAAUAAUAAAAGCACCGGGCCUGUUGCCAAACUGGAAGGUGCCAACGAUAUCAGCACCAUUGUGAAGAUCUCCCUCCUCAAUGAUCAGCAUAAAUACGAUGAUGUGGAGUACGAGGAGGAGGAUGGAGACGUGGACGAGACCGUCAUGAGGAAAUGUAAAGAGUGGCUGAAAGGCGUAGAAAGCGCUGCUGCGUUUGGGAAAGUUGAUAAAUUGUCAUCGUUGCCUCAUCUGAAAAGUUGAUAACAUCUUGGAGUGCUUCAUUCGUCAAGGUCCACUGUGAAGACUUCAGUCCAGAUGUUAUGUCUCAACACAAAGUCACCUUUAAAAAAACGAUGACCUCCAAUGCGGCGUUCGCAAAGAACGCGUGCCAAAACGCGGCGGUAUCGAUGCGCGUUUGGAUAAAGAUGAACUGAUUUAACUUGAAACGCUGGUUCUUUAAAUGUUUUUUUCGGGUGUAUGGUUUCAUAAAGAAUCUUUAACAUCCACAGAACCGUUUAGUUGUAAAAAGGUUCUUGUAGUGGAUAAAGGUUCUUCAUAAAAAGGUAAGAAAGAAGUGAUUUUUUAAGGAACCCCUUUAGCGUAUUUAUUAUCAAGUGCGCAUCUGAACGCAAGAAUGUGCCCACAUGCGUCACCUUUCUUAUGGACUGCAAUGUUUUAGUUGAUCACUCAGAGAAAUUUUGCAGGAUACCUUUACACAUGGACAGAAAUGGUAGAGUUUUGCACAUUGCUAUUGUUUUCAUUCUUAAUGGACUGAAUGGGAAAGGAGUCGCUUCAAACUGUGGAGAAAUAACGGAUUGGGGAAAUGGAAACAGUCUUUAUUUUGUGCCAGAAAACAAUUAGCUAUUUAAGACGAGCUUGUCUUGGAAUUGACACUUCAUUUUUUUAACUUAAUGAAAGUGUGUAUUAUGGACUUAAGGGCGUGUCUGAUUAAACCAUCUGUACAGUAUUUAUUUGGAAAUGUUGGGGUGUGUUUAUAUGCUGUUUGUUGUUUCAAGUCAUUUUUAAGGGUUAUGAUAAUAAAAUCGAAAAUGACUGUUAA